AUGAGCAGUCUCGGAAUUUCCGUCGGUCUUCUGAAAGCGUUGUUGCUCAGAGUCCCGCUCAUUCUCAAGACCGCUCUUCUCCAUGGCAGUGGCCUGUCUCCGGUCUCGGGCAAGCAGGACCUUCGUACCGAGCUUACGGUUGCUAUCAUCCGCUCGUUUAUGGGAUCUAUGGCCCCUGUCGGCGUUCAGCAACGGCGGACCAUGCGAGAUCCCGGCAUCCAGGGGCCUAUGUGGGUAUCCAAGGUCACCUUUCCUGCCCCAGAGGAUGCGGUGCAAGACGCAGUCUUCAGGGCCAUUGAGGAUCUGAAAGCGGGAGAUGAGACAUUCGAUAUCCCGGUUGUCUCGUCGGUUGAGGCCGAGUGGACAGGCCAUCGCGAUGGAGUGGACAAGAACGCACCGCAGCCCGGCCUCCCGGAGGAAGAGAAGUAUCAGAAACUGCAAAAGGAGGCGCGGACGGACACGGUGAUCCUGUAUUUCCAUGGAGGUGCAUACUUCCUGAUGGACCCUUGUACCCAUCGUGCUCCCGUCUGUCAACUAGCCAAACGCGCUGACGCUCGUGUCUUGUCCGUGCGGUAUCGACUUGCUCCUCAGCAUCCGUUCCCAUCAGCGCUCGUUGACGCCCUGGUCGCCUACCUGUCACUCCUUGCUCCUCCGCCGGGUUCGUUCCACAACACGGUACCUGCAAAGAAGAUCCUCUUCUCCGGCGACUCGGCAGGAGCAAAUCUCUGCUUGGUCCUGCUUCAGACCCUUCUCACCUUGCGACGUACAUCCCCAACAAUUCGCUUCCACGGCCAGGAUAUCCCCCUGGAACUCCCAGCCGGAUUAGCGCUCACCUCUCCCUGGUGCGAUAUCACCCGGUCCAUGCCCUCGAUCGUUCACAAUGCACUGUACGACUACCUUCCUCUUCCACAACUGCAUCACGACACAACCUACCUGCCACCCAAAAUCCCUCCGGAUAGCUCCUGGCCCUGCACUCCGCCGCGAGUCGACUUCUUCGCCCAUGCGAGCGCCCUCAUCCACCCUCUGGUGAGUCCCCUGGCGGCGCACCAGGAACUCUGGAAAGACGCACCUCCUAUCUUCAUCUCCGUGGGCGAGGAGGGCCUAGCGGACGAAGGCCUCGUGAUCGCUCGCAAGAUGCAUCAGGCCGGCGUUCCCGUUGUGGUCGAUCAGUUCGAAGGCAUGCCGCAUUGUUUUGCGCUCAUAAUAAUGGGAACGUCGGCAGGUCGACUGUUCUUCGACCGCGUCGCGGAUUUCUGUCGAGACGCGGUCGCCGGCCGGGUCAAGUCGUCUGGACACCUGUCGUACAUUACAUACCAACAGCGAAGCAUUUGCGAGAUCCCGUUGGAGGAUAUGGUGGCUUUGACGGACGAGGAGGUCGAUGAGCGAAUGCGCCAAUCAGGCCCUACCUUCCGAAAUUACAACCCUGACCAAGCAUCCCUAUAUGCCCAAGCCCGUCUCUCGUACCCCCCAAAGCUGUACGAGACCAUUCUGCGCCACCACAGCCAAACAGACGAUCGAUUUGACUCACUUCUCGACAUCGGCUGCGGGCAUGGCAACGCCACUCGCGAUCUGGCUCCGGUAUUCCACACCGUGGUUGGAGUUGAUCCCAGUCCAGAGAUGAUCCACACAGCCCGUCAGAUGAGUGGUUCCUCGAAGUCGAAAUCUGGAAAGCCAGUCGAGUUCAUAGUCGGUCAUGCGGAAGACUGA